AUGGAUGCGUCGUUGAAGGAUUCGACUGCCAUGGUCCCUGAGAGCCUCUCCAAAGCCGCAAAGCAAACUCGCGCCAGUCGGCCCAAAGUUCGGACGGGCUGCCUCACUUGCAAGGCUCGGAAGAUCAAGUGUGACGAGGGUAAGCCAGCAUGUACUCGAUGUAUCAAUGCUGGGAGAGUAUGCGAUGGCUAUUCGCCGCUGAAGUCGUCCGUGGUGAUGCCCAAACCAGUGACCCCGGUUACUGCGCCCACGUCUCCCAUGGAGCCGCGGGUCCUGGAAUUCUUCUUUCAAAAGUCGGCGCCUCAACUCGCUGGCUUUUUGGAGGGUGGGUUCUUCCAAGGAACUGUCUUGCAGCUGAGUCUGGCGGAGCCCGCCAUUCGGCAAGCGAUUGCUGCCAUAGGCGCUCUCCAUGAACAGGGGCCAUUUGGUCUACAAUCAGCUUCUUCGGGCAUGAACAGAUGGCCGUUAGAGCUCCCUAUCCAGCUGUAUAACCGAGCCAUCCGUUCUAUUAUUGACAAGGCCGCAUCAGACCCCAAUCAUUCAACUCCCGUGAUUGCCACGGCAAGUAUUCUGUUCACUUGCUUCGAAUGCUUCCAGGGCAAUGCAGCGGCCUCGGUCGCGCACAUCCAAAACGGCAUCAAGCUCUUGCAAGCCUGGCGAGCUGGUCACGGAGGAGAGCCCGCAGGACCGUGGGGCCAGCGAUAUUCAUCCUUUGAAUCACAGUUCAUGGAAACCGAAGUCGCGCCACUCCUCAGUCUCUUCAAUGCCAACUCAGCCGAGUUUAGUCCAGGCCGGCGCCCUAGGAUUCUUCUUAACGCCAUGGAUGACCAGGACGGGGUCCAUCUGGCAGAUCAUUUUGAGACCCUGCGAGAGGCCCGCAUCGCACUCGUCGAUCUGAUCACGGCGGCAUCCUGUUUCGUCGUGCGAUAUGACAGCGAUCUCCGCAACGGCCGAUUGCCCGAGCUGGACAUUUUCAGAGUUUGUAAUUUGAUGCAGAACAACUUCAUUUGCUGGAAAGCCAACUUCGAGGACAUGGUCCGUCGGUGUGCAGGCAGCUGGAACAAGCAGCAGCAACACGCCGCCGAUGUGAUUCGCAUCAUGUCACUGAGCGCCGAUAUUGGACUGCGGUUCUACCAGGUGAACAACGAGAGCGAUUGGGAUCAUUACCGGCCAGAUUUCGAGUGCCUCUUCCGACUCGUCGAGUCCAUCAUCUCAGACCCCGACCGUUACCCCGACGAGCUGUCCAAGACACUAAGCCUCGACUUUGGGGUCAUCUUCCCCUUUCACGGGGUCGCCUGGAAAUGCCGCUGGCCGCAUCUCCGCCGCAGGGCCCUAGACCUGUUACAGCGCGUCCCCAAGCGUGAAUGGAUGCUCGAUACGGAGCACUACCACGCGAUCUUCUCCCGGAUCAUGGAGAUCGAAGAGGAACACCUCCAUCUCGCACCCGGUACAGUCCCCGACGAGAACGUUCUGCCACCUGAGUCAGUCCGCAUCCAUGAUUUCGAGGUUACUCCUCUGCCUGCGCCGCCUGGGGGCUCCUCUCUCUAUGCGCUUACGUUCUGGAGCAAGCCCCAUGGUCCUGAUGGUGCGUGGCGGUGUCAAACCGAGCAUAUGCGACUCACGUCUUCCCUGCCCGGUGAAGCCGCUGUGCCGAUCAACUUGAUCUCCUGCAAGCAAUGGGCGAUGCCGGAACUGAUCAACUCUUCGACGGUGGAUACAUUGAAGUCUGUUCUGUGCGGGCCGGAAGUGAACCGUCGAAGCCCAAAUCCUGAUCCGAUUGCCCCCGAUGCCGUUUAUGAUAAUGAUGCCUAUAUCUUUGGUCCUGGCGGUAACUUGGAUUGA